AGGUGUCUGAUUACGAUAUCUAAGGUUCUCUCCCAGUGGCCCCGUGUGGCGCCAUGUGGGCUGAGCAGUUUGCAACGGCGGGCACUGGAGGUGCGUCGGCGGCACCGCAAAGCCGGGCAGUUAGAUGCGCGAAGGCUGGGAAUACAGAGGACAAGACAAAUAUCGACCUCUCUUUGCGCCUGGGUGCGAUUGCACAUCAGAAGCUUCGUCUCCUCUGGGCGGCAUGCACGUCGCAGUGUGGGAUCAGUGCGGAAGGAACUCUAUGGCAAGCAAUGCAGAAGGCGCACAACGAGGAGUGCCUCCCUCGCGUGCGCGACAGGAGUAGGCAUGGUCUCGGCCCACCUGACACGUUCAACCUUACGGCCGCAUGCAGCACGCUGGUGGAGACGGCCUCAGCUGAGGUCAAGGGCGAGCUGACGGAACACUUGGCGAAGUUCAAGCCUGGUAGUCGAGAGGCCCAGCACAUGGUUGGCCUCUUCAGGACGGAGAAGAUGCACGACAGCAAGAAGAAGAGGCUCACCAUCGCGAUGAAGAACGAGAAGCUGGAGCACACAAUCUUGUGCGCGGUGGAAGUUGCUGAGAAGAAGACGGCAUGGUCUGGUCCGCGCCCUGCGGGCCAUCUAGGGAUCGAGGGCCAGAAGAUCCUCGAGACGAUGGCGGCAUAGGAGUGUGGCCUGCUGGUGUCGUCCUGUGAUUGGUGGCGAAAGGAGGCGUCGGCACUGACGCAAGUGACCAUAGUGAGGGCCAGUGGCUCAGCGUUGCUCGAUUUGUCUGCCUGUAAUGUGUUGUGCCACUUGGGGCUGCAGGUAGGGCAGGAAGCCCGACCCGUGCUUGGGCCUCUUGUGAUACGCGCGCGCCCGAAAGGAGGGCGACCGAGAUUGAACUUGCAGGCAGUUUAGCGAGUUCUACACGUGGCAGAUUGUGACAUGAGUUUUUGUGCGUCCUCGUCUCAGUCGCAUAGAGGCAGACGUUGUGUCUCUGAGUUUUUUGGGCUGCGGCGUGGGUCCAUCCUGUGGUCGUUUCGUCCCUCCUCCCUCCUCUCGCCCGUCCCGCUCCUCCUGGGCCGUCGGCCUCUCCUCCCCCCUCGGGGGCCAUCUCUGGCUGGGGGCUGUGUGAACUGCUCUUUCCUCGGUGUCCGCGUGCGGAUGCCUAGGCAGGGGCCUUCGCCUCCCUCGGCUUGUAAUGGCGCCCGCUCGCUCCCUGUCUUCCGCGUCGUUGCUGCUUGCUGGUGGACCCUGUGCGCACCCUUCGGCAAUGGCCGUACACGGGCUACGCCCGAAGCUCGGGCUAUGCCGUUCGUGUCCCACGUGUCGUGUGGUGCCGAGCUUACAGAGGUGAGGGGGUAACCCCACAAUACUCCGAAGUCCGAACUGACGUUGGACUCUCAUGGAGCGCUGCCGCCGCCGCCCCCU